GGCAACUCCAUUGCCAACCACCACCGCACCUCCCUCUCAACGUUUCUCCUCUCAACCUGCCUCUCCUCGUACCUGCUGGCUUGAUCGGUAGCUGCUAACCUAGCUAGCAAUGGCAGCGCAGGGAAGAGGCAGUGCCAACGUGGCCGUGGUCCUCGGGGUGCUUCUUCUCUGCACGCUCGUGGCGGAGGCGGCGGUGUUCAACGUCGGCGACCGCGGCGGCUGGUCCUUCAACACCAACUCCUGGCCCGCCGGCAAGCGCUUCAAGGCCGGCGACGUCCUAGUGUUCAAGUACGACGCGACGGCGCACGACGUGGUGGCGGUGAGCGCGGCGGGGUACAAGGCCUGCGCCAAGCCGGCCAAUGGCGCCAAGGUCUACAAGUCCGGCGCCGAUCGCGUCACGCUCGCCCGCGGAACAAACUACUUCAUCUGCAGCAUCCCCGGCCACUGCCAGUCCGGCAUGAAGAUCGCCGUCACCGCCGCCUAGCCUCAUCGCGUCGUCCAUCGUCGAGCAGCGUCUUUACGUGACACAACGACCGCAGCUUGAUUACUAGUAAUAACCAAAUAAACGGCCGAGCGUACAUACUUCGGUACUAUCGAUAUCAGGUGCUCGGUCAGUGUAGUCGUAUUGAUUGUCGUACGGUGUGUACUGUUUGAUUUCCCACUCAAUCGACCGUACGUAAUUGCUGUUUGGCCAUCUGUGAUGAUUUUGUACUCAUAUAUACAUAUGAAUAAACCCCGCAAAAAAACUAUACAUAAAUAAAAGGCAUGCGACAAUUGUUCUUCA